AUGGCGACGCGCCGCUCGCUCCCGGAGGCGGCGGGCGCUCUCCCCGGCUCCCGCGCCCCGGCGGAGGGCAGGGAGGGGAGCGGCGCUGCGAGGAGUGCUGCCCACCCCGGGCCGGAGCCCCCCGCCCUUCGCCGGAGAGGAGGCGGCGGUGGCGGCGGCGGCAUGGAGCUGCGGGAGGGUGGCGGCGGCGGCAGCGCCCGGUCUGUCUGUUUCCGCGGCGGCAGCAGCAGCAGCCGCCGCCGCCGCCGCCGCUGCAUGAACCUCUGCACCGCGGCUGCCCCCCGCGUGCAGCGCACCCAGCGGCGGGCGAGCGGGCGGCCCGAGCGGCAGGCGGAGGCAGGCGGCGGCGGCGGCGGCGACCGCGCUCCCUCCCGCCCCUCCCCGGAGUCGGACAGCGCCCACACUCCGGCACCCGGCCUCGGGGGCGUGGGGGGCGCCAGGGGGUCGUAGCCCUGGCUGGAGAGCCCAGCAGGCUAGGGCUACGGGGGACGUGCUCCGCG